AUGGGAAGAGGACGAGGACGACCGAAGAAAUCGGUGUCAGCGUCACCACAAAUUCGCAGCGUUGAUGGUACUGUGCACACGGUGGAGACGAUUCAGAGCGAUGGUGAGGACGGUGAGAUUCUAUCUGGCUCUACCAGAGGGAAGAAGGUUGGUGAAGCUACUCCACAAGUGAAGCAAACUGAAACCCUAAUUCCGGAGACUGAGCAAGAAAAGAAAGAUACACAAAGGAAGCUGUGGGUUGAUGUUCUGAGCGAUAAUCGGAAUCAUGCGAAUGGAUUAACAAUGGAGUAUGUUGCACCUAAGGUUGUAGAUGGUGAAAUUGAAAUUGAAAUUGAGGAGAAAGAUAUUGAAUCAGAGCUACGCUACUGGGAUUCGGCGUUGAUUCUGUAUGCGCUUGGAGGAGAUAUCAGUAUGAACAUGCUUAAACACUUCAUGGAGCGUAUGUGGAACUUUGUUCAACUACCUGAAAUGGUGUAUCAAGAAGAAGGUUACUUCAUCUUGAAAUUCAGAUCACAUAGUGAUAAAGAUGAUGUGUUGAUGAAAGGUCCUUACACACUGCGAAAUAUGCCACUCCUAAUCAGGGAUUGGACACCAGGUUUCAGUUUAAAGGAGGAUAUGUUGCGAACACUGCCUAUUUGGGUGAAAUUACCUCAUCUUCCAUUGCAUCUAUGGGGAGUGAGGAGUCUAAAUAAGAUAGGAAGUGCUUUGGGGAACCCUUUGGUUACGAAUGAGUGCACUGCUAGCAAAGCUCGAGUGUCUUAUGCUCGGAUAUUGGUGGAAGUGGAUGUUACACAAGACCUGAAAGAAGUGGUUACUAUCAAAGAUGUCGAAGGUAAGAAGCUACAACAAAUGGUUGAGUGUGAGUGGAAGCCCCUCUUUUGUGAUAAAUGCCAAAAGUUUGGUCACAAAUGUAAAGAAAAAGCUGUAAGGAAAUGGAAACCAAAGCUCCCAGAACAAGAGAAAAAGACAGUACAAGAGCCUGAGACUCUCCCCACAAAGAGUGUGGUGACAACCCUUAUGCCUGAUCCAGAAGUCAAGAGGAAUGAAGAUAUUAGCAUUGAAGAUUUAGGGAAGGAGUGGGAGACUGUGUUAAAUGGUAGAGAUAGAGGCAAACAAAGCAUUCAGGAGCAUGUGGUUACAACUUGUUUGAAUGGUUUUGCUGCAUUAGGGGAUUGGAAUAAUCCCUUAGUGGGGAUUAAUAAAACUGGCAAGCUCAGAGAGGUUAGCUCCCGCCUCAAAGAGAUUCGACAAAGAAUCACUGUGCUGCUAGAAACUAGAGUUAAAGAGAACAAGGCAAAGGAUGUUAGACAACUACUACUCUCUGGAGGUAUGUUUGUUGAUAACUAUACUAAUCACUUUAAUGGUAGAAUCUGGAUAAGCUGGGAUGUUACUAAUGUUGAUAUUAGAGUUAGGCAUAGUACUAGCCAAUUAAUCCACUGUGCCUUAUAUGACAAUCAAGGGGUUUUCCUCUACUGGAUCACUACUGUUUAUGCUUCAAACAGUGCUAAUGACAUAUGUAGGCUUUGGAAAGACAUUGAGAAUAUUAAUAGGAAUCAACAAGGGCCUUGGGUGGUAGUUGGGGAUUUCAACAAUGCCACUAAACUUCAGGACAGAAUAGGGGGAAAAAGAGUUACUCAGGCUGAAAUAAAGGAUUUGAUUGAUAUGAUGAAUGUGACUGAAUUAAGUGAGAUGGAUAGCACUAGGCAGUACUUCACCUGGUCAAACAAUCAACUUGGUAAUACUAUAUAUUCCAGGAUAGAUAGAGUGAUUGCUAAUGCUGAUUGGUUUCAACUCCAUAUGGACACUACCCUGUAUGUUAUACACCAAGGAGUUUCAGACCAUGCUAUGCUUUGGAUCAAAGCACAGGGCAAUCUAAAUACUUGA